AUGGCCUUCAAGAACGGACUUAGUGAACGCCUCGAUGAGCUGCGAUUUCCCUCUCCGCGAUCCCCUACCUCAGAGUCCCCGUUUCCCGGAUACAAUUCGAUCUCUCCAGGUCAUUCGAACCUCGCGUCGGCUUUUUCGCGGCCCUCAGGUGAUGUCCGUGCCAAUCUUCAGCGUCGUUUCACCACAGACUCCAGCAAGCUUUCGUCUUGGAGCUAUUUGAACCAUACUGGAAAUGCGCCUCAGAUGCCGGAUCCCCUAGAUCUAUUGUCAUCGUUUGAGAAGAAGCGUCAGCAUAUCGAGUAUAUGCGGGAGCAAAAGAGGAGGUUCGAAGAAGAUAUGAAGCUACUAGACAUGCAGCAUGAGAAAGAGAAGCUAGAGAUGGACCGAAUUGCGAAGGACCUCGCCAAAGCUGGUAUAUCUGGCCCUGUCAGUGAGCCUACGACCCCUCCUGAGUAUCGUGAAAACAGCUUCUCAAGUGGGUUUACACGGCCCACUCGCUUCUCAACUUCGUCUGUCACCUCAUCCCCUGGAUUCUUCAAUGUAUUUGCCCCUUCUCAGGCAACAACGCCGCAGGGCCAGGUGAAUCCCGCCUCUGCACAAACUCCUACCAAUCGCUUCUCGGUGCAUUCUGUUCCUGGUUCUCGCAGAAACUCUGAGAAAGAAGAUUUCGGUCAAGAGCCUGCAUCCCCUUUCCGUCCUGGGCCUGCUAUCCAUCGUUAUUCGAUGCCAUCUGCAGGUUUUGGGUCCCAGCUUCGCCCGAACAUCUCUGGCUUCAACAACGCCCCCGGAUUGGAGUCAUUUAACACAGCUAAGUAUCUGUUCCACAACGAGGACGAUAGAGCGACUUUGAAGGAGGAAGAUCGAAUUCCAACUCCUGACAUCAAAAGUUAUCUUAAGUUGACAGACCCUGAUGAUAAGUUCCCUACAUUGUCACGCAGGGACGACUCAGGAUUGCUCUCUGCAAACUCAGAUGCCUUGGAUCUAGCCAAUUCUCGCACUCCAAACCCCGAAACUUGGAACUCGCAUGGCCGACAUCGCUCCUCUCAUCAAAGCAUGCCACAGAACGCUCUAAAUAUGUUCCGACUCGAGCAGCUGGGAAGCCCGACUAGCGAGGGCCAUUCUAACACAUCCCGACACGCCGCUCGUCACUCACUUGAGGCAAACCUUCUUUACAGUGCCGAGGGAAACCACGAAGGUAUGACUGCAACCUCGUCAAACCGUCCAACUUCUCUGCAGUCAUCAUACUCUACCAAUGACCUCCCUACUGUAAAGGGCGAUGGAUUUAACCCUGCCAUCACACCACCAAAGACUCAUGCGGAACAUUUCCAGCAACACAAUGCCAACAUGGGCCGAAUUCCUGCAAAUGCUGUCAACACCCGCCAGCGGAAGGAUUCGCUAGAACGCGAUGACCAAAACAUGCAGGGAUCCCGGUCCCAGCAGACCACCCUACAGCCUAAUGCAACACCCUUUGGGCCGCAACUCACUCCGGCUGCCAGCACCAGCACUGCUGCUCCGGCUUCUUUGGCCACUUUUCAGCAGCCCUUUUAUGGUUACGGUGUCCAGCCUUACAUGGGGAAUCCCCUCCCGGUAAACGGACAACUUCAGAACUAUAAUCCUGGCACUUCUUACGGCGCAUUUCCCGCCUACGGCAAUUACCGUCUUGCUGAAGGUCCAGCAAAGGCCAUGGGAUCUCGCCGCAGCAAUGGUGAAGGAGAGUCGGCCCAGCUAUCUCGCUUCACUAAUUUUCCAUUGGAGCACUAUCGAGGUGAGCUGUAUGGCCUCUGUAAAGACCAGCAUGGGUGCAGGUACUUGCAGCGAAAGCUAGAGGAGCGCAACCCGGACCACGUCCAGAUGAUCUUUGAUGAGACGCAUGUGCAUGUUGUGGAGCUAAUGACCGAUCCUUUUGGUAAUUACCUGUGCCAGAAGUUGCUUGAGUACUCCAAUGAUGAGCAGCGUACAGCGCUAAUCAACAACGCCGCGCACCAACUAGUCAAGAUCGCACUCAAUCAACAUGGUACUAGGGCUUUACAAAAGAUGAUCGAGUUCAUAUCAACUCCUGAACAGACACAAACCGUGAUCCACGCUUUGGAAGAUCACGUCGUGGAGCUGGUUCAAGAUUUGAAUGGCAAUCAUGUCAUUCAGAAGUGCCUGAAUCGUCUCUCUGCGGAAGACGCCCAAUUCAUCUACGAUGCUGUGGGUGCUAAUUGUGUUGUGGUCGGCACUCACCGUCAUGGAUGCUGCGUUCUUCAGCGCUGCAUUGAUCAUGCUUCUGGUGAGCAGAGGGCUCGUCUAAUCGCCCAGAUCACUUCCAACGCAUUUGCCUUGGUUCAAGAUCCUUUUGGAAAUUACGUGGUGCAGUACAUCUUGGAUCUGGCCGAGCCUCAUUUCACCGAACCCCUUUGUCAGACGUUCCGUGGAAAUAUCCCCGCCUUGUCAAAGCAAAAGUUUAGCUCCAACGUUAUCGAAAAAUGUCUCCGCACCGCCGAUGGCCCAGUUCGAGGCCAACUCAUCGAGGAGAUGCUCUCAGGCAGUGAGCUGGAGAAAAUGCUUCGAGAUUCCUUCGCUAACUAUGUUGUGCAAACUGCCAUGGACUUCGCGGACAAUGAGACCCGUACCCGCCUGGUCGAUGCGAUUAGACCAAUUUUGCCUUCAAUUCGUCAGACACCCCACGGUCGUCGCAUUGCUGGCAAGAUGAUGGCAGCAGAGGGUUCCGGGAGGGGAAGUGCUACAACUAGCGGACAAGUCACCCCGAACGAGAUGAAUUCGGCUCAGCUUCCUGGACCUUUACAAGGUAAUCAGAAGCCUUUCUUGUAUCAACAUCCCUCUUUUCCCAUAGGUAGUGCCCAGUUUGGUGUUGGCUCUACGACCAAUACUCCGCCCGGGGGACCAAACGAAUCCCCCUCUGGUAUUUUCACUCCUCCAGUCCAGCACUCGAACAACAAUCUAGGUGCCCAAGGUCAGCUCCCUGCGACAUUAGUUGUGCAUGGUAUAUCUGCUACGUGCAAGUCGACCAUCGUUCGCGCCGUCCUUUCCUCCCUCGAAGUUCCGCACGCCAUUGUCCGAAGCACGGAAUGCAUAACAGGCCGCCAUCUGUUGACAAAGAUACUGUGGGCAACAUUAGAAGCAUUGGGGAAACGGGACGAGUGGGAGAAAUAUGGCAAAGGUAGGUGUGAGCAUGUCAGUACGCUCGCCGUCCUUCUGAGUGAAUGUUUGGCAUCACGGUCUGGCAACGCAGCUGAGAAGUUCGUGCUUGUUUUGGAUGGGAUCGAUAAACAGCGAGAGGCACCACAGACCCUAUUGUCUGCGCUAGCGAGGCUGGGAGAAAUAAUCCCCAGUCUCUCGGUUGUCUUGAUUCUCAGCGCUACUCCACGACCACUCUUCUUGCAGGCUGCAGGUGUCCCGCACAUCAGUUUUCCUCCGUAUACGCGUAACGAAGCAAUUGGCAUUAUCUUGAACUCACGACCACCUACUAUAGCCGGCCUCUCUGUUGAGAUUCCACUUAAAAUAUACCCCCAUUUCGUUUCGGCCAUCUAUGACUCCCUAGUUGGACCUACAGCCAGCUCUAUUCCCACUUUUCGGUCGAUAUGCGAGAAACUCUGGCCUCAGUUCAUGUCUCCUAUCACAAACGGCGAGACCCCGCCCGGAGGCAGUGGAGAAUGGGACUUCUCUCGACUUCUUCUUAAGAAUCGUGGUCUCUUUCGACAUCACGGCGAAGCGGCGCUUGUGCAUCAUAUCGUCACCGAGGAGCCGGCAUCGUUUACCAAUGGUUCAGUCUCGAAGCCCGUGCUACCAGCUGUGUCUACACCGUCACCCCUUCCCUCCCUGCCUUAUUUCCCGACCUUGAUUCUAACGUCUGCUUACUUGGCCUCCCACAUCCCCCAAAGACUCGAUACGAUCUUUUUCUCGAAGUUUUCAUCAUCUUCUCUGUCAGCACGGAACAAGCGUGCCCACCAUCGACGACGACUGAAGCUCUUAUCUAAAGCCCAGGCGGAGGAUGCUCGAACUGCCAGCAAUGAUCCCUCCACCCCAGGCAAAAAAGGCAAGAGACAAAAGACUCGCAUCACAAAAUCGACUCUAGAGUCAGCCUUUGCCACUUCUUCCGCUACAACCUCUGCUGCUGGGGCCACCGGUAUCACUGGUCCAUCCACCAUCCUCACAGCCCGUCCAUUUCCCUUGGAGAGAUUGAUAGCUAUUUACCACGCUAUUGAUCCUAACCCACCGGCAAAUCCCAUCCUGCAAGCAGCAGUUUCCGAUGCAAUAUAUGCGGAACUUGCCACAUUACGUCGACUACGGCUUGUUGUUCCUGCUGCUGGUCGAGAAAGCGGUGGUCGCAUGGGAUUGGGGUCAGGUGGAUUGAAUAGCGGAAACACCACAUCCGAUGCUGGGGAAAAAUGGUGUGUCAAUGUCUCUGGCGACUGGAUUGGGGAAAUGGCCAAGGGUAUCGGGGUUGAAGUCGGUGAAUGGUUAGCAGGAGGCUUGGAUUAG